AUGCCAAAAGAGCAAGCAGAGCGUAAGGUGUUGGCAUGUGAUGAUGACGAGGUGUUAUACGGAGGUUCCUGCUACAGAUUCAUCCACGAUGAGCUCAAGUUACGUGAUGAUGCCCAUAGAGAUUGCAUUGCACGUAAUAGCCAUCUAGUCUACAUCGAGUCACAGGAGGAACAAACAUUUCUGACAAAUCGGUCACGCAGAUAUGGUACCGAUAAUACUGUUGCUAGUAACCAUUACUGGAUCGGACUGAUUCCAACAAGCAGCAACGUGUGGCUGGAUGGUAACCCGGCACGCAACGAUCUGUUUGAAUUCUCUCAAGACAGUGCAGCUGGAUGUUUCUCUCUCUCUAAAUCCAGCGGCAAUGUAAGUUUACAUGGUGAGAACUGUAAUCGGGAUCGCUACUACGUCUGCGAACGUCCUUACGAAUGUCCUCUGGGAGGAUUCAACCACAGCGGUUCCUGUUACUGGGUCGGUGGGUCUAGGCAGUCGCACCUCUCGGCCCAAGGAGGUUGCAGUGAUGACGGUGGUCAUCUGCUGUACAUCGAAUCACAAGACGAAUUGCAAUUCAUUAACAACAAUCUUGCCAUUGAAGACAAUGUAAGAUACUGGAUAGGUCUGACUACCCAGUACGCUUGGUUAGACGGUAGCCGAGCCAUCUAUCAAGGAUUCGUACAGACGAACCAGUAUAGCAACAACCAAGGCAGCCUUUGCUUCAGGUUACGACCCCUAGAUGACUUUUUGUGGAAUGAUAUUGGAUGCAAUACAAACUACGCCUAUAUAUGUGAGCGAGAACUACCUGUUACUCCUCAUGAAACGCAACAAAACCCCGGUAUUCCAUGCAGACCACCCGUCGCUUAUCUCAAUCGUCUUCUUGACUCCGUACCUCUGUGCGUCCGUAGUGACAGCCAUUACUUCAACAACUCCGUUCUGUGUCAAUGUGGUGACAACGAAACCUGCAUCAGUGGCUGUGGCUGUGCACGUGACGACACUGUAGACGGGUAA